UCCACUUCGCUUCUUCACUUGAUGUAAAGCACAGGAUCAUGGGCUUCAAAAGCGUCUGUAUAUAGCUAAUACUAGCAAUAUGAGAGCUUUAGUGUUUGAUUAGCGAUCCAGGAAUUAAUGGAUGUAAUAUUCAGUGAACAUCUCGUUUCUGCUUUCUUAUUCCAUGUUAUUAAUAGAAGUCAAAGUUGUUGGAGUUGGAGACUCCGACAGGCUGACCAUACUCAGAGGGUGUCCAGGAAUUCAAGGACCUUCAGGACACAAGGGGGAUGUUGGACCACCCGGAGAGAAAGGGCAAGCAGGAGUUGCUGGGAAGGCUGGACCGCAAGGGCAGAAAGGAGAAAAAGGCGAUUCUGCCCCACCUGACUCCACGUAUGCUGCCAGGGACUGUAAGGAGCUUCUGGAUCAGGGGAUGGUUCUGAGUGACUGGUACACAAUAUACCCAGACGGCACAAACCCACUGAAGGUGCUGUGCGAUAUGCACACCGACGGAGGAGGCUGGAUAGUUUUCCAGAGACGCUGGGAUGGCUCGGUGGAUUUUUUCCGUGACUGGAAGUCUUACAAGACCGGCUUUGGUAGUCGGCUGAAUGAGUUUUGGUUGGGGAACGAUAAUCUUCACAUGUUAACAUCAUCAGGCACAUGGGAGCUGCGCGUUGAUCUGCAGGACUUUGAAAAUGCAAAGCAUUUUGCCAAAUACGCUUCCUUUAAAGUUCUGGGAGAGUCUGAGAAGUACAAGUUAUUGCUUGGAGCUUUUACAGAGGGCAAUGCAGGAGAUUCUCUAACAGGUCACAACGGCAUGUUCUUCACAACCAAAGACCAAGACAAUGAUAUUCAUCCAUCAAACUGUGCCCAGGAUUUCAAGGGAGCCUGGUGGUAUACUAGUUGUCACCAUGCAAACUUGAAUGGUCAGUAUUUAUCUGGACAGCAUAGCUCCCAUGCUGACGGCAUCAACUGGUAUCACGGCAAAGGUCAUUACUACUCCUACAAAUUUUCAGAAAUGAAGAUAAGGCCGGUGAAAUAAUAAGUAAACUAAGUAUACAUUUUUCCAAAUUGCAUGUAGAAUCAUUAUCUAGAAUAAACAUUGCAUAUA